AUGGACGUACGGAAGCUCAGCGAUAAGACAACUGGUAGCGACGAUGACAACGGCAGCGCCGGCGACGGCGACAGCGACAGCAGUGACUCCCAGUCCUUCACUAUCAACCCACCCAAGGCGCCUAAAACUUCGGAGAAGAAACGGGCGGACUAUGCUGCCUUUCAAAGUUGGAUCCACGAUAACCGAGUCCAGAGACCCAAUCAACCUGAGCCCAUAACUCCUCGCGGUCCCAAAAGGCAGUCUGCAUCGCUGCUUCAUCAGGGACGGAGGAUCAUCAACAACCCUCGCGAAUACCAGAUGGAAAUAUUCGAAAGAGCAAAGAAGAAGAACAUCAUCGCAGUUCUUCCCACCGGAUCUGGGAAAACUUUGAUUGCCGCCAUGCUCCUCCGCCAUUGCCUCGAGAAGGAGAUAGCAGACCGCCAUGCCGGAAAUCCGAAGCGAACCGCCUUCUUCCUAGUCGAGAAAGUGGCUCUGGUGAACCAGCAGCAUGCCGUCCUCGAGUGCAACCUGGAUUACCCCAUUGCCCGUCUCUGUGGUGCCAUGCUGGACCCAUCAUGGCACCAAGACGACUGGCAGCGCCAGUGGGAUGACCACAUGGUCGUCGUCUGCACCGCAGCCAUCCUGCAGUCAUGCCUCGCCAAAUCCUUCAUCCGCAUAGACCAGGUCAACCUCCUCGUCUUCGACGAGGCCCAUCACGCCAAGGGAAAUCACCCCUACGCUCGGAUCAUCAAGGAUUUCUAUGUCUCCGAGCGAGACCUGACUCGGCGUCCGAGAAUCUUCGGCAUGACCGCAUCCCCCGUCGAUGCCCAAACAGACAUCUCCACCGCCGCCAUUCGCCUAGAAGGCCUGCUCCAUAGCGAAAUAGCCACCAUCCCGGAUGACGCCUUCUCCUACAAGGACGUCCAGAACGACAUCAACGAUCACGUCCUCAUGUUCGACUACCUGCCGGAGCCCUUUACGACCCCUCUCCACCUCAAGAUCCAAAACCUCGUCCGCCGCAACAGGCUCUUUUCAGGCGCCCUGACGUUCUCGCACGCCUCGUCUGCUGUCCUUGGUCCCUGGUGCGUCGACCGCUUCUGGCAGCUGCUCCUGACCGAGGAGAUGAUCUCUAGGCUGGCUGCCAAGACGCGCUUAGAUUUCGACCUUGCAUUAUUUGGCCAGACCGAGUCGGCCGCCGUGGACCAGCUUCGUCAGGUCAUCCGGGGACAUUCAUUCUCGGAGGUUUCCAGGUCGAAGGACCACUUGUCGUCCAAGGUCAUCGCUCUUCUCGAUCUUCUCCAGGACCGCUUCAGAAAUCCCACGUCUGACAAGUGCAUCAUCUUUGCGGACCAGCGGAACACAGCUAUACUUCUCGCCGACCUUCUCCGGCAGUCGGGAGUCGUUGUCAAUAAUCUACAAGCGGCUCCUUUGGUUGGAGGUCAGGCCGACGCUGGCCCCUUUUCCAUGUCUUAUCCCGAUCAAGUCGACACGAUCCUGCGGUUUAAACGAGGCCACCAUAACUGUCUUGUUGCCACUUCCGUCGCGGAAGAGGGACUCGACAUCCCCGAUUGCAACCUCGUUGUCCGCUUCGACAGAGUCACUUCGGUCAUUCAGUACGUCCAAUCCAGGGGUCGAGCUCGCCAACAAAACUCGGAGUAUGUCUGCAUGAUCGAGAGGGGGAAAUGGAGCCACAUAAAGUCGAGGAAGCAGGCUGCCGAGGAUUACCUCUACAUAAGGAGGUUCUGCAACUCCUUACCAGAGGACCGGAAAAUACAGGGCUGGGAUCCCGACGCCACCGCUGUUCACCUGGAUCGCCACCGGGAGGUCCAUGUCAUUCCGUCGACCGGGGCUACGCUCAACUGGAGCUCAAGCCUCGAGCUUGUUUCGAACUUUGUCUCGUCUCUCCAGGCCCACGAUGAGGUCCUUUCCCCUUCCUAUCUGGUUCUUCAGAUUGGCCGCCAGUACAUCUGCGAGGUCCAGUUGCCGUCGAAAUCCCCCGUCCAGGCCGCUUCGGGCACGCCGCAAAAAUCGAAAGCGGAGGCCCGGUGUUCGGCAGCCUUCGCUCUAUGCAUGGAACUCGUCCAGAAGAAAUAUGUCGACCAUCAUCUGCGGCCCGUCUUCGCAAAGACCUUGCCGGCCAUGCGCAACGCACGCUUGGCUAUCAGUUCUAGGAAAAGGGCCGAAUACACCAUGCGCACGAAGCCUCAGAUCUGGUCGCGCCUUGGACCCGUCUCCUCGUCGCUCUUCGCCACCUUCCUGACGCUUGAGAGCCCUGAGGCCGUGGGCCGGUCCACUCGGCCGCUUGUCCUCCUGACCCGUGAGCGCCUUCCGGACCUCCCGGGCAUCCCCCUCUUCUUCGGCAAUGAGCGGGCCUCGACGGCUCGUCCCGUGGCUGUACCGGGCCCUUUACCGGUGACAGCAGAUGACCUGGAAUGCGUCAGGGUCUUCACAUUGAGGAUCUUCAAGGACAUAUUCAGCAAGGAGUACGACGCCGGUGUGGAGGAUCUUCCCUACUUUCUGGUACCCUCUUCCGUCCACCACCAUGAUCUCAGCUUUUCCGGAGCCACAGAUCCUUCUUCCUGUAUCGACUGGGGCCAUCUGCGCUCCACCAGAGACUUGGAGUAUCUUUCUUGGGACGAGACCUCGCCACCAAGCUUUUUCCGAGACAAGUUCGUCAUCGAUCCGUUCCGGGGAAACCGUAAACUGUACCUGAGAGGUGUCAGGGAGGACAUGAAGCCCACGGACCAGGUGCCGGACGGUGUUCCAGACCCGGGAUACCGGAUGUGGAAGGACGUCGAACACAACAUCAAGGAGUACAGCGUCAGCUUGUGGGCGUCUAGGCGUAAGGAUCGGGUCUGGAGAGACAACCAACCCGUCAUCGAGGCGGAAGUGGUGUCGAUGCGACGGAACUUUCUCGGCGAGUUCGAGGAAGAAGAGGAGCCCGCCAACACCUGCUACGUAAUUCUGGAACCUCUUCACGUGUCGACGGUUCCGGCAGACGUUGCAGCGAUGGCCCUCCUGUUCCCCGCCAUCAUGCACCGCAUCGAAGACAACCUGAUCGCCCUCGACGCUUGCAAGAUGCUGAAGCUGGAGAUCCGUCCGGAUCUGGCCCUCGAGGCCAUGACCAAGGACUCGGACAACAGCGAAGACCACGACCAGGAAAAGAUCAACUUCCAGGCGGGCAUGGGGAAGAACUACGAGCGGCUAGAGUUUCUCGGAGACUGCUUCCUCAAGAUGGCCACCACCAUCGCGCUGUUCACGCAGAUUCCCGAGAACAACGAGUUUGAGUACCACGUUGAGCGAAUGCUGCUCAUCAGCAACCAGAACCUCCUGAAUGUGGCCUUGAAGAAGAACCUACAGGAGUUCGUCCGAUCGCAGCAGUUUAACCGCCGAAGCUGGUACCCCGAGGGGCUGCGUCUGAAACGGGGAAAGGCGGCACGAGCCAGGGCGGUGCACUCCCUCGCCGACAAGUCCAUCGCCGACGUCUGCGAGGCCCUCAUCGGCGCCUCCUAUCUGACCUACACGGAGGAGGAGGAGAAGGAGGAGGAGGAGGAGGACUUUGACAUGGCAGUCCGGGCCGUGACGGCGGUGGUCAGAAACAAGAACCACAAGAUGUCGUCGUACAAGGACUAUUAUGCCCGUUUCCGGGUGCCAGACUGGCAAACGGCCGCGGGUACCCCCGACCAGCUCCGCGUGGUACGGGAGAUCAAGGAGCAGAUGGGGUACGAGUUUAAAUCACCUGCGCUACUGCGGUGCGCCUUCAAACACCCGUCGUACCCUCGGCAGUACGAGAACGUCCCGAACUACCAGAGGCUCGAGUUCCUUGGCGACGCUCUGCUGGACAUGGUGUGCGUCGACUUUCUCUUCAAGAAGUUUCCCCACGCAGACCCGCAGUGGCUUACCGAGCACAAGAUGGCCAUGGUGGCCAACGAGUUUCUCGCCUGCCUCUGCGUCCACCUCGGGUUCCACCACCGCAUCCUCCAUUUGAGUCCUGGCAUGUCCAGCCAGAUCAAGGAGUACGUCGGAGACCUGCACCUCGUGCGGCGCGAGGCGGAACACAAUGCCGCGUCCCCCGACGAGGUGAAACCCAGCUACUGGAUCCAUGUGGACCAGCCGGGCCCCAAGUUCCUGUCGGACGUGGUGGAGGCGUACAUCGGCGCCCUGUUCGUGGACUCGCAGUACGAUUUCGGGCAAGUCCGCCGGUUUUUCGAGCAGCACGUCCGGCCGUUCUUCACGGACAUGGCCCUGUACGACUCGUUCGCGAGCCGGCAUCCCGUGACGACGCUGACGCACAAGAUGCGAGAGGAGCUGGGCUGUCGGGACUGGCGGCUGCUCGUCAGCGAGGUGCCGCCCGCGGUGGACGAGGCCGGCGCGGCUAGCAUGACGGACACGACGGUGGUGUGCGGGUUCAUGGUUCACGGGCGCGUCUGCGUCCACGAGACGGCAGUCAGCGGCCGCCAUGCCAAAAUCGCGACUGCGAAGACGGCUUUGAAGAAGUUGGAGGAGACGGGUUGGAGGGAGGCGUUUCGGAAGGCGUUUGGCUGCGAUUGUGAUGGGAUGGGCGGCCGGGGUGGUGACGAGCUGCCUUUUCAGUUGACCGGCCAGACGGGCUAG